AGGAAACAGUGCGCAGGCGGAACCACAGCGAGGAGGGCGGCGAAGGGGAGGGAAAUUUAAAAAGUCCGGACUGCCUGGCGGUGACAGGAUAACUGAGUCGCUCGAAGAAGUCAGUUCGCCACGUUAAAACCGUUUAUAUCUUACGCAAGCAGUUUGAGAACAUUAAAUAUAAACGUACGAUUCGUUUCCAAACGAGUGUGACAGAAUGGAAACUUAUCGCGACCAGAUUUUAGACUCACCCUCCAAAAACAGUUACAUUGGGAGCUAUUACCAGCCUCCAGACAGGAUACUAACAAUGCCAAGACAGCUGGAGCGCUCUGCACCCUCAUCCAUCAGCAUGGACCCACAGUUCAGCAGCCUCCAGGAGUCUCAGACCAAACCUAAUAUUGACAGCAAAGCUGUUGUUGAUGCAUUGAAGACUCUCCAGGACAAAAUAAGGCAGUUGGAGCUGGAAAGGAAGCAAGCAGAGAAGAGCUUCCAGCAGUUCUCCCAUGAUACUCAGAAGCAUCAGCAGGCCACAGCAUCUUACAUGAUGCCCAGUCGAUCAGCAGCAAGCCUGCCUGAGACCAAUAACUCUGGCAGGAGAGAGGUUGACUCAAAGCUGCGGUCUGCAGAGGCUCGCUGUAAGGUUCUUGAGAAGCAGCUGGACUACAUGAGGAAGAUGGUUGAAAACGCUAAGAAGGAGAGGAGUGUUCUCAUGGAGAAUCAGACUUCACUGCAGAACCAGCAGUCGAGCAGCUCAGACACACAAAUUCAGCGUGAGAAACUGGAGAAACUUGAAUCGGAGUGUCUCAAAUUGAGCAGAACCCAAACUGAGGCAGAGAGGAAGCUUGCCAUUCUGGAGCAAAAGCUACUGAAAGAGGAACAUGAGCGAAAACUUGUGCAGGAGAAAGCGGACGAGCUGCAAAGGGAGCUGGACAUCAGUCUUCGAUUGUCUGUGCCUGCUAAUGCAGAGAUGAAACCAAAGAAGAAAGCAAAAAAGACUACCAAGAAACCCUCUAAACAGAAUGAGCUGGCAUCACCAGGCAGCCUGAGGCACAAAAAAAUGCCCUUUGUUGCAGGAACGUCAUUAAGCCCCAGCCAUUCAGUCCACUGCACUGUACAAAGUAUCCUUCACAUGAUGAAGCAUCACCAGCCCCAGCUUUGUGAGCGAGUGAGUGCUCUGCACAGGACUGGCCAUGGAGCAAGGAAAAGCCUCCAAAAGGACUUUUCUCCAUCCUCCACAGCUUUUAAGAAGUCUGGCAGCCUGUCUGAGCAAACAGAACUGAGCUCUCUGUCAGACCUGCUCCUGGCUCUGCAGGAUGAGCUGGGACAGAUGAGCUUUGAGCAUCAGGAGUUGGUGCAUCAGAUCGAUGCAACCCAACAUCGGGAGCAGAAGCAGGACCUGCAGAGAGAACUGGAGAGGCUGGUGGCAAGGAUGGAAGAGAAGGGAGUUCAGAUCACUAAGCUCCGCAAACACCAGCAGACUGUCCAUAAACUGACCCAGAGCCAGACAUGUGCAGAGGAACACACAUCCAAGCAGCUGAGUGGGAUCAAGCCGCCCGUCCCUUCUCUCGUCAAGGCUAAACAGAGGGGAAAGAAAGGUGGGACUACUCACAAUAACCUGCAGCUUCUCCGAGAGACUCAGAAGUUCAGAAACAGCCUCAAACAAGACGACCUCUCCUGGGAAACAUGAGGUUCUCUGCAAGAGCUUUCUGUGCACAGGCUUUGAUCCUACAGCUGGCCGAACCACAAGACUCCCCCCUCUCCUCUCAGUUUGUUUUUCCCCUCUCUUCAAACUGCCUCUGGGCCAUUUUUAGUAACAAAUGAAAAGAGGGAAUAAAGUGUCUUACGAAGCACUUUAUAAUGUAUUGAUCAUAAAACCGAUUAAGUGAUGGGUGAAUGAUUUAAAAGAAAUCAUGUGCAUACAGGGUCCAUCAUAGGUAGAGGGUGUAGUUUAUGAAAGAUGACUUUAACCAGCCUAGAAAAUGAUGUGUCUUUAGUGUUUUUCAUGAAGUAUAGCUCAUCUCAAAUGAAGCUGGAGUAAUCUAUUUUUAAUAUUUUAAAUUUUAAAUAAAGCCUAUUCUCUCUACAAAAUGUAAAUACAUCUUUGUUCACAUUUAGUUCUGUCAUUAGAGCAGUUUUUCUCUAUCCUACACCAUUCAUACUGAGAACCACUAGGUGGCAGUGCUCAGCCUGUUUCUACUCAACAAACAUGAAGGCUUUUACCCCUGACACACCAUAUAGUUGCACGGGCAGCAAUAAAAUAUAACUUUAUAACACUG